GUAUUCUUCCUUUUUCACAAACACGGUUAAUGCGCAAGUCGUCACUACAGACAAAAUAGAGGCAAGAAAGACCUAAACGUGAUGUUUCGUGUUCAAUUCCCCACAGCAGAUCCAGCGUGACCAACAAAGAAAACUUCUAGACCGUUUGGUUAAAGCGUCGAAGAAAGUGCCUACUUUUAAGUAGUACCUUCUCCCCCUCCUUUUCCACGUGUUACUUCUCCCACUGUCUAAUGGUCUCACGUCAUCAUCCGCAUAAAAACCUAGACGCAAAACCAUCUCGGCCGUCAAUCUCCCUAUUCCCAAUCUCCCGCAUAGAAAUUGAGCACGCAUAGAAAAGGGAAUAUUUUCUUCCCAAAAUGGAGAAGAAACCUCCACUUUGACUCUGUACGUUUCUUGACCCGACCCGCUUCCUUAUUUAUUUCAGUCAGCCUUUCUCCUCGUCACAUCAGCGCAACCUUAUCCCCCCCGGGGCUCACAGACUCAACCACGCGUCGACACGUGUCCCCUACAGCUGGAGGAAAACCGCAGCGUGGCAGGAAACUUCUGGAAAUUCUCGCGCCUUCUUCCCUUCCUCGGCCUUUCUUGCUUUCUCUCAACAAAUUAAUAAAAUACUCACCGAUAAAAUUGCUUCUAGAAGGAAUAAAUACCGCCCGCAAUCCCCACCGCUUUCUCCCCUCUUUCCUUGUUAUCAUCUCCUGCAGUUCAUGAACUAUUACUCCCGUCUUUGAGUUUGGAUAGGGAUGGCCCCACCACCAACGCCAUCGAAGGCGGAGGCGGCGGCGGAGGGUCAGAGGGUGACGCCGACGCCGUUGAAGACGUACCAGCUGGUUGACGAUCCGGCGGUUGAUGACGUCAUCUUGACCGGCGACGGGUCGGCGUUCGUCGUUUGGAGGCCGGAGUUCUUCAAGCACAACAACUUCUCGAGCUUCGUUCGCCAGCUGAAUACUUACGGAUUCAAGAAGGUCAUGCCGGACCGGUGGGAGUUUGCGAACGAGUGCUUUAGGAGAGGAGAAAGGCGGCUCCUUUGCGAGAUCCACAGGCGCAAGAUGGAACCUGCCAUCGACGCCACCGCCACCUGUCACCGGGUCACGGCCGAACUCCGGCGAGAGAAAUCGCUCUCGUCCAACUCCUCUCCGGCAGCUCGAGGCGGCGGCUGUCAGCGUACAGGCUCCGGCGGCGGGCGUGCGCGCCAGAUCUCGUUCGUCGAGAACGAGAGGCUGCGAAAAGAGAACAUGCAGCUGGCUAGCGAGCUCGCCCAGAUGAAGAAUCUCUGUAACAACGUGCUUCACUUGGUCUCGGAGUACGGGCCGCACGGCGGAGCGCCGCCUCGUCCGCCGCUCGAUCUGUUGCCGGUCAGGUUCGGAGAAGGAAGCAGCAGCCCGAGUUCGAACCCGAGCCCGAAACUCUUCGGUGUCCAUAUCGGGUCGAAGCGGGCGAGAGACGAUGACGAAGACAAAUACCCGAAUCCGCGAUCUUCGGAGGUGAAAUCAGAGCCGUUGGAUCGGGAACCCGACGGUCGUCCUUGUACGGGUUAUCACCACUGGCUGAUGCGCUACCCGCAGACUAACCAGAGGGUUUGCCAUGGGUGAAGGGCUGACGUGACCCCUGCCUCUCGAUCACGUAAGACGGACGAAAGCCAAGGGGAGGAGAAAGAGAGAGAGAGAGAGAGAGUGUGUGUGUGGAGAAUUAGCGGGUUUUAUGUGGUUAUUGUAUUUACAUGUUAGCAUUUGUACUUGUCUUGUUUAUCUUGAUUUAGUUGAGUAAUGAGGAUAGUUGAGUUGACGAUAGUUGAGUUGACCAAAAUGGUGGAAUUUAAGUAUUCCGAUGUUGAAAAAAGUUCUUUGUGAUUGAAAAUAGUGAGCCACAGUUUUAAAA